AUGGAGCUGCAUGCUUCGGCUCAGAGCCAGGAGGCGAUGUUCUCCGCGGCGUACUGGCGGCAACUUUGCCCCGAGCUGCACGUGGACGAUCAAAGCUAUCAGGAGGAGCAGCUGGGGCAGAAGCCCAUGCCAGCAUCCAGCAGCGACUGCCGGGAGGUGAGAUCCAGAAUCCUGGAGGAAGGCUUUGCUGCCCUUCCUCAGCUGCGCUGGUCGCUGGACGUGAAGAAGCUUGCGGAUGCGGUCCUUCAGCUGGACCGACAUGGUUGGCCACCCACAUUCAUUGCCAUCUACGAUGAAGCUUGGGUUAUGGCCAGGGACGCGGCAGAAGUGAUGCGGGAGGCUACUGGAAACAGUCUUUGUAUGGAUGUGGUAGCUUUUCUGGUACGGCCCUCGCAGACAAAGGGCUUCUCGCCCCACCGAGACAGGCAGCCAGAAGACUGGAUGCCGAAAGGAGUGCCACCAGAGACAUCGGCGACCUUCAAAGCAGACGGCAUGGCGAAGUAUGUGACGCUUUGGGCCGCUUUGACGGAUGCCACUCCAGAGAACUCCUGCUUGCACUUUGUGCCGCGUAGAGUAGACCCAGGCUAUUCGGCUGGAGAUGCCGAAGAUGAUGAUCCCAUGCAGCGCAUUUUUCAUGACAAGGGUGCCUUUCAGACCAUCCGCAGUGUUCCGGUGGUUGCUGGAGGCUGCACUUUCCACACGCACCGCACCAUCCACUGGGGCAACUGCGGGCGCCGCUGCGCCUCCGUGCCGCCGCGGGUGGCGCUCUCCUUCGGAUUUAGCACGGAGGACUUUGAGCCGCCCUACUUCUCACCUAAGGCACUGCCUUUCCCUGACUUGAAGCUGCGAGCCGCUCUGGCCUCCGCGCAGGUCAUCAACUAUGCCACAUUGUCCGUUGGCGACUUCGAGGGCUGGAUUGCCUUGGCUGGUUCCAUGAGCAGCAGCUCCUCGAUGCUGCGCACGCUGCAUCGGGUCUUCCAGAGCCAGGUGAAAAGGUUUCAUGCCACCUACCGGAAGGAGAUAGCAACAAAGUUUGUGUCGGUCUCCCUGCACCUCCCAGGCGCCGCUGAGGAGCGGAUACCAAAGCGAGGCAAGCGGCUGAAACGUGUGAAGAAGGAGGCCAGAACCUCUCAGAAGCACGAGGCCCAUAGCGACGAUGACGAUGACGCACUGAUGGCGAUGUUGGAGACAGAAGCCGCCACUGGUGAGGUGCUCUUCCAUGAUGAUUUCGAUUUGCUGAAUGCCGAUGCUGCUGAAUCCAAGCGGCCAAAGAAGGCGCUUUGGCAGCAGGGCCGAAGAGAGGAAGAGACGAGGCCAUGCCAGCUGCGGGUUGGCGCGGUGCCCAACGCAGCAGGAUCUGCUUACCUGGAGCAGGGCGGCACCAAGCUGCUGGCCGCGGUCUACGGCCCCCGGCAGGCGGAGAACCGCACCCGCGCGGAGGGGCAGCUUUCGGUGGAUUUGCAGUUUGCGCCCUUCGCUGGGGACUUCAGCAAAGAGGAGGCGGAGAAGCGCAUGGUGCUCUAUAACUCCAUCCUGCAAAGCACCUUUGAGACGGUGAUCCUCCUAGAGAGAUAUGGAAAGACUGCCUUUGACCUUACUCUCCUAGUGCUAGAAGAUGAUGGCGCAGUGCUCACUGGAAGCCUGGCAGCGGCAUCGCUGGCACUGGCAGAUGCGAAGGUGGAGAUGCGGGACCUGGUGGCCGGCGCCACGGUGCACCUGGCGGGCCCCGGCGCCGCGCCCCGGCUGCUGCUGGACUGCGACCGCCGCGAGGAGCGGGCGCUGGCGGCGGACGCGGCGGUGCUGCACGUGGGGCUGUGCCCCUCACGAGGCGCACUUUGUUUGCUGCAUGCGGUGGGCAACCUGCCACCAAAGCAUUUCGAGCAGAUGGUGCUGCUGGGCAAAGACACCUGUGCAGCAAUUGGCACGGAGAUGCGCCGCUGCUUGCAGGAGCAGGUGCAGCAUCGGGCUGAGAAGAAGCGCGCACGCUCCGUCGAGCCGGAUGUGGGUUUCAUAGAGGAUGCCAUGGAAGACAUCAUCGACGAUGGCUAUGGACAGUGGCGCGGAAUGAAGCUGACACCCAGGGAGCUGGAUCAUUUGCGUCUUUCGCAGGCGGGGCAGCUGGCGCAGAGGCGCCUGGCUCGCGGCUUGCGUCUUAACCAUCCGGAGGCGAUUGCUUUGCUGACGAGCCAGAUGAUGGAGUUCAUCCGCGACGGCGAGUCUGUGGCGACGCUGAUGGACUUGGGCAAGCAGUUGCUGGGCCGGCGCCAGGUGCUUCCCGGUGUGGAGAGACUCAUCCCGGACGUGCAGGUUGAGGCCACCUUCCCUGACGGCACCAAGCUCCUCACGGUGCAUCAGCCGAUUUGUUCCGUGGAUGGAGACCUCGGCCUGGCGCUGAAAGGCUCCUUUCUGCCGGAACCGGACUUGUCUUCCUUCGGAGAGUUGGAAGAAGAUGAGGCUCCUGGCAAACUUACACCCGCAGAAGCAGAGGGUGUGGAGCUGAACGCGGGAAGGUCGCUGUUAGAGCUGGAGGUGACCAACACCGGGGACCGACCCAUCCAGGUGGGUUCGCACUACCACUUCAUUGAGACCAACAAAGCUUUGGUCUUUGACCGCGAGAAGGCCUACGGCCGCCGCCUCAACGUGCCCAGCGGCUCGGCGGUGCGCUUUGAGCCGGGGGAUUCCAAGGUGGUGACGCUGGUGGAGAUUGCUGGGAAGAAGCGCGUGGUCUCCGGCAACCGUCUUGUGAAUGGCGUGGCGAGUCCAGAGCGGCUGCCUGAAGUGAUGCAGAGGGUGCAAGAGGGAGGCUUCGGACACAAGGCGGCAAGCGGUGCGCCUGGGAAGCCAUUGGUCCUAGCGCGGGACCGCUAUGCGGAGCUCUUCGGCCCCACGAGUGGCGACAAGGUUCGGCUGGGUGACACCAACCUCAUCGCGGAGGUGGAGAAGGAUUUUACGGUUUAUGGCGAAGAGUGCAAGUUUGGAGGUGGCAAAGUGCUUCGCGAGGGCAUGGGCCAAGCGACGGGGGUGCACGCCAAGGAUGCCUUGGACGUAGUCAUAACCAACGCGCUCAUCGUGGAUGCGAAGACAGGCAUUGUGAAGGCUGACAUCGGAAUCAAGGGGAAUCGCAUUGUCGGCAUCGGCAAGGCCGGCAACCCGGAUAUGAUGGACGGCGUAACCAAGGGCAUGGUAGUUGGCGUCACCACAGAAGCCAUCGCUGGAGAGGGCAUGAUCAUCACUGCAGGAGGAUGUGAUAUGCAUGUACACUGGAUUUGCCCGCAGCAGAUCUACGAUGCCAUUGCCUCCGGCCUCACCACGAUGUACGGAGGAGGCACUGGUCCUGCGACAGGGACAAAUGCCACGACCUGUACGCCUGCGCCUAGCCAGGUAGAAAUGAUGCUGCAAGCGACAGAUACGUUUCCGUUGAACUUCGGCUUCUCUGGCAAAGGCAACACCUCAGAUCCAAUUGGUCUGAUGGAGGUGAUCAAGGCCGGAGCUGCAGGCCUCAAGCUCCAUGAGGACUGGGGCACUACGCCGGCCGUGAUUGACACGGCGCUGAGCUUCGCAGACCAGCACGACAUUGCCAUUACCAUCCAUACGGACACCAUCAACGAGUCUGGCUUUGUGGAUGACUCCAUCGCUGCCAUGAAGGGUCGGACCAUCCACACCUACCACACGGAAGGUGCUGGCGGCGGACAUGCCCCAGACAUCAUCAAGGUUUGUGGCCUGCCCAAUGUGCUGCCAUCCUCCACGAAUCCCACCCGGCCUUUCACAGUGAACACCGUGGAGGAGCACCUUGAUAUGCUCAUGGUGUGCCACCACCUCAACAAGAAUAUACCCGAGGACGUGGCCUUUGCUGAGUCGCGGAUUCGCGGCGAGACCAUUGCUGCUGAGGACAUACUGCACGACCUUGGCGCCAUCUCGAUUAUCUCUUCUGAUUCACAGGCCAUGGGUCGAGUGGGCGAAGUCAUUUGCCGGACGUGGCAGACAGCUUCCAAGAUGAAGCAGCAAAGAGGCCCACUGCCAGAGGACACUGACAAUGACAACACUCGCAUCAAGAGGUACGUUGCCAAGUACACCAUCAACCCAGCUCUGGCGCAUGGCAUGGCCCAUGCCAUUGGCAGUGUUGAGGUGGGCAAGCUGGCGGAUCUCUGCCUCUGGCAGCCCGGCUUCUUCGGCUCCAAGCCCGAGAUGGUCAUCAAGGGCGGCACCAUCGCCUGGGCGCAGAUGGGCGAUCCCAACGCCUCCAUCCCCACGCCGCAGCCAGUGAUGAUGCGGCCCAUGUUCGGCAGCUUUGGAAAAGCUGUGGGCUCAACAAGCCUGAGCUUCGUCUCCCAAGCUGCGGCGCAGGAGGCAUCCGUGCGCGAGUACGGCCUUCAGAAACCCAUCGAGGCCGUGAAGGGCACCCGCACGGUGCAGAAGAAGGACAUGGUAUACAACAGCGCGACGCCUGACAUCAGUGUAAAUCCAGAGACCUUCGAGGUCACCGCUGACGGGGAGAGACUUACCUGCGAGCCCGUGGACACCGUGCCGCUGGCCCGGAAGUACUUCCUGUUCUGA